GGGAAAUCGCCCCUGACAAGGAUGCCCACAGCAUGGGCGUACCCCUCUCGUCUUACUGCAGGCCCCUCCGAGGUCAGGUGGGUCUGGUGACGUGCCCGACACGCGUGCUGUGUGGCCCUGCCCAGCCCGGUGGCCUGUGCCUGUCCUGUAGCCUCCACGCGGAGCUCAAGUGGAGGCAGGGGAGCGGGGCACCCACCCGCGCACUGGGAAAGCAGCCCCGAUGUGGACAUGCCCUAGUGGCCAGGUCUUCAUCUGAGGAGGAGGUAUUUUUCCGCCAACCCGGAAAGCACACGGAGAGGCACCGCACACCCCUCCUGCGGACCCGCCUCGUGGGCGGCUGCCAUCCCCAGGUGGGGGGGUCGUCUGGGGCCCCGGCCGGAGGCAGCCGGCCCGGCUUGCUGCGCCCUUUCGCGAGGGGGUGCCCCGGAGAGCCGGCUGUGGGAGCUCCGAGCCUGCUUCCAAGAAAUCCGCUGCGUUUCGCCGCAGCGCCGGCUCGUGGGCCCCGGAGCCCCGGCCCCCCUCUGUGCCCUGCACCCCCCUCCCCUCUCUCCGUCCUUUCAUCGCUGCCCCGCGCUCCUAGCACCUGGGUCUGUGAGGGCGCCGCUCCUGCGGCCGCUGCUUGUAGCUGGCUGUGAUGAAAAGCGUCCGUUUUACACUCGCCGGGCCCAGCAGCACUACAGACACACAGAUUCCUUUGUUGCAAAUAAUUAAUUUGACUCCAUAUUGCGUAAUAUGCUAAAAAGCUUUCUGGGGUGAACUCCUGCCGGCCGGACACUGCGAUCUCAUCAGUAUUGCAUUGCACUGGGCCCUACUGUGAUGCAGUUUCAUUAAAAAUUUAA